AUGGCAAAUUCGACUUUCCGCUUUCUCGAUCUCCCAAAGGAAGUGCGUCUAAUCAUCUACGGACACAUCCCCAUCACAACACGCCAUCACAUCUGGGAAGAUAUAGCAAAACAUACUUUUUGGGGCGAGUUCGUUUCCGGAAACACCAUCACACUGGUCGUCAAAUCGAUAUCGACCGAAAUACUUCGCGUUUCUUCUUUAGUCCACGAAGAAUGCAAGCCAAUUCUCAACCGCAAGCUCCAAGCUAUUCAAGCUGAGCCACUCCGUCUCAUUGCCGACAGACAAAGUGUACACACCCUAACGCACCACCUGCAUGACGAGGGAGUACACAAAAACAGCCUUCUUUACUGUCUGGAAGACUUUACCAAGUUCAAAGCUGGACAGGAGCAUUCCCAACGGUGGGAGGACAAGCAAGUUCAAUUAUCGGCUGUCAAGUUCAAUCCCGAAGGAACUACCCGUAUCAUGGAGUUCCUAGAUUUGAUAAGACUUUAUCGCGAAAAUCGUUCGCCUCUCUCCAGCAUGAUAGCCAUACGACUCAAAGGCUUCUAUGGUGAGGCACUGACCGUGGUCCAGGACUUUGUUGGCCCUGUUCGGGAACCGAUGUUCGGGUUCCCAGCGCCGACGUGGACAUACCAUCCUUCGAUGCGGGGCGUGGAGGAACACGAGUGCAGUGUGAAGGACGAGUUUGCGGAAAUGAUCCGUGUAUGCCGCGAUUAUCCUGAUUUGAACUUUAUCAGAUUGGCGGAGCCUGGGCCUCUGGAGGAAUGGGCUGGGGACUGGGGGGAGGGUGAAGUAUGA